GUUUGGUUUCAAAAUCGACGUGCUAAAGUCAAUCGUCUUCGAUUACAGCAGCAGCAGCAGCAGCAGCAACAUCCACCGCCGCCGCAGCAACAGCAAGAUCCAUCAGUACCUUUCACAGGCGAUCCUAAUGAUAAUAAUAAUAAUGUCCAUCCAUUGACAAUGAACAAUCAUAGUUACAAUCACCCAAAGCGAGUCAAAUUUAAUUAUUGGUCAAAAACAGCAAUACCAACAACAACAACAACAACAACAACACCCAAAAUUACGACACCUCCUUUGACACCGCCUAUUACUGCUGCUAUGGCUAAUACGAAUCAUUCUAAUACUGCUACUACUACAUCCACUUCAUCUUCUGCGUCUUCUCUUUUAUCAUCUCCUAUUUUACCUAAUGAACUCAUCUUUCAUCCUAAUGUGACACCUAUUGAUAUAUUAGCCUCUGCUGCUGCUUACGUUCAGCAACAAGACGAACUCGAAAAAAACUUGAAAAAACGAAAAUUGACAGCAGAGGAGGAGCAUCCUCCGUCUCACUUGCCACCACCACCUUCACCACAACAACAGCAAACUGUAAAAAAGUACAAGACAUGGAGACCAUGGCUUUAAAGAGAAAGGAAAAAAAAAAAAAAAAAAAAAAAAAAAAAAAAAA